AUGGGGAUUAUCACUGAGAAUUAUUUGUUAUUCCUUGCUAUCAUAGCCGUUCUUGGAGGGGUCGCUUUCACAAAGAAUGGUGCUUCUUUACCAGAGGUUUUGAAUUUUGGAAGGACGAAAAAACUUACUAGUGAAGAAAUUGCAAGAAUUAAUAAAAAUAGAAAGUUUGGUGAAUGGACACCGGAUCCAAAUUUCAAAACCCCAAUUCCACCAAGCUAUGCUAAUUGGGAUAUUGAGAAAACAAAACCGGUUCCAUAUAGAGCUUUCAAGCAUCGUUAUGUUGUAACUAUGGGAAUUCGUAGCAUGGAUUGGGAUGAAUGGAUUCAAUUGGAUAACGAAUGGCUCAGAUAUCAUGAGUUGAAAAAGGCAAGAGUUCAAGAAAAAGGUGAAGCAUUAUAUGCCACUAAUCCCAAAGCUCGUGCUGCUAUGUGGGAGUUUGUUGAUGAAUUAAAGAUAUAUUUAUCUCAUAGAUACCCAACUUUAUUCACUUAUUAUGCAGAAAAAGACGUGAUGAAGAUAAUUCCUACUGGUGAAGUGUUUCAUUUAUCAGAUAGAAUUUCCCAAGAUCCAGCAUACAUUGCUGCAAUGUGGUUACAAGAUGACAUAGCUAUUAUGGUUGAAGAUGAAAAUGGUCAGUAUAUUUUAAUGGCUGGAGCAAUUAUGUUGGCAGGAUUCUGGAGAUUGAAAGACAAAUAUAUGAUGCCUUUAAGUCAAAUCCACACCAGUGGUGAUGUUCCCAAAUAUAAUCUGAAUUUAAAAUCUGGGAUGGAGAAGUUUUUCGUUCGUAUGGGUUUAGAUAAGCCUGUUGUUCGUAAUAACUAUUUUAUUCAAACCGAUGAGAACUUGCCAUGGUCUACUUCCAUUGGUGAUGAAGAUACUGAACAAGUUGGUUGGUAUACUGCACCCGCAGCAUCAGACAUUAACAGAAUCUAUUUUAGAAGUGAAAGACAAUCUUUAAGAAGACUACCUAAAUCAGGGGCCAUUGCAUUUACUAUACGGACAUAUUUUUUGCCCGUUACUGAAAUGGUCAAGGAACCAUUUAUUCCAAGACGAUUAUUUGAUGCUAUUUCAAGUUGGGAACCUGACGUCCAAGAGUAUCGUGGUUUGGCAACCUUCAAAGAUAUAUUACUUCCAUAUUUAGAGCAAAAGGCAAAGGAACAAGAAGAUGCUGGGAUUACUGUUGAAAAUGAACCUCAAGUUUUUCCCUUUUAA